GGGUUAUACUUGUUACUAUUUUUGGCAUAUUUGCGCAUUGUUUCCCCAUUUGACGUCACACGAAAGUCCAAGAAAGCUGAACACAUAAUAGCGAAAGCUGGUUAAUUUCCUCAUUUAUUGUGGGAUCAUCGUCAAACCUGAUACUCUUACGAUAAACAAGUAUGGCAGAUAGCACCGAGGAAAGGCAAACAAACGAGUUUAAAGAAAUAUUAAAAGAGCACGUGAGUGGUUUGAAAUCAGAUAUAUCAGACACUUGUAUGGAAACAGACAAAAAAGAAAAUGAAGGAAAACAGGCAUGUGAAAGUGCAGAACUUCAUGAAAUCAGUGACGAAACUAUAGCUGCAAAUUUGAAUGAACAUGUUCAAAAUGAGACAGGUUCAGAUUGCCUUAUGCUUUGUGGAAGGAUACUGAGACUUAUAGGAGAUGAAGCCACGUGCAGGGCAUGUGGAAAGAGUCUUAGAAACAUUGGUGAUGAAAUAUUUUGUAACUAUGCAACUAGAAAUAUGGUGCAUUCGCUACUGAAUGAUUUAUCCGAAAGUAGAACAACAUCUGAAACUGUUCGAUAAUUGUGUUCAUUUGCUUUGUUGUCGAUUGUUUUCUUCCAUAAUUAGUCUUUGUCUAACAAGGCUUAGCAAUGUUUACCUUUUUUGUAAUGUUUAUUCCACAUGUUACUCAGAUAAAGUCGAUCAGUGAUGUAAAUACAUGUAUGUAUACAAUAUUCCUGAUUGUGUAAAUGAUAUUUUGUUUGUUGUUGUUCAUUUGAACAACACUAAUCAUGUUUAAUAGGGCCAGAUACAUGAUGUUGUUCAUGCCAAAUUGUAUAUUGUAGAAUCGUUUGUAAUUUUGCUCAAAUAUUGAAUACAUAUUUUAAGAUGUUAUAUUCCUAAAUUGUCAAUUGUUUUAUGAAUUGCAAUAAAUAUGUUAUUGUUAAA